AUGUGUGCAUCUAUUGAAUGCCUGAGCGUGAUGAACGGAACAAGUAGCAACUUGAAGUGCUCCGCCUUGAAUGCCCGCAGGCGACUGCGAAUUUCCAAGGUUACUGGCCGGCCACCACCUUUGCGUGACGUGGCAAUCUUGGCGGUGCACCACUCGUCUCCUUGGAACAAGGUGUACCACAUGGGCAAGGAGAAAUGGAACCGCGGCCAGCCAUCAUAUGGAGGACCUGGUGCUUCCUGGCACUCGGAGUCUUGGCAUGGCAAGGGCUCUGGUUGGGAGAAGGGCCAGAACCCCAGGCGACCGAGAGAGCCCAAGCCGGAAGCAGCCCAGUUCCCGACCUUGGAGAUGAUGGCCACUACUACACGGAAGCCGCCCACCAAGAAGCCUCUGGAGGAAGAUGGCCAGGAGGGCAGCACCGCGGGACGACUCGACAUGGGCAAAGUGGUGCAGAAGCUCCUGAAUGGUGUCAGGAAAGCGGAAGGUCGUAUCCGGAGAGGUGCGGAAGACCGCGAAGCUUUGGAGCAGAAGUGGGCCAACUUCCAACUGGAGCUCAAGCAGUCCUUUGCCAAGGAGCGGGCAAAGUACAUGGAGCUGUCCAGGAAGCACGCCGACGACAUGGAGGAACAGCAGAAGAUUCGCGACGAGGCCCUCAGCGACCUCCAGACUGUGAUCCUCACCGGGACGUACAACAAGCCCCAGAGUGGCACGGUGCCGACCGACAGCACUGUGGAUGCGGAGUGGGACAAGCUGGUUGGUGGCGACCCGGACGACGAGGCGGACCUCUCCGAGUUGUUGACCAAUGCGAUCGCUGGAGGUGGAUGUUUGAGUACGGCUACGAGGGAGAAGAUGCUCAAGCUGAUCACCCGACACCAUGGCCGACCUCAGCCUAUGGAGACACCGGAACGCCGAAGGCGAGGACCACCACCCGCAACGCCUCCCCGACCCACAAGGACUGCACGGGAAGCAGAGCAGGAGCCCAUGGACACCAACGAGCCAACCUACACGGGAGACAAGGUCCUGUUGGACCCCUACCAGACUUCCCCCUCGACGAGGCAUGCAGGGCCAUCGCCAGGCCACGUAACCACCCGAUCGCGAUCCAAACCACGGGUAGCAGUCAAGGAACAAGGAAAGACGCCGCCGCCGCCUCCUACCGGUUCUUUGCCUCUGUCGGAGAAGUUGGAAGCGGUGAGAAAGGAGGAGCGGCAGAAGGCUACGAUCGUCGACUCGGACGACGAGGAUGCCUUGAUCGCCCACCUGAAGGCUGGGGAUACAGCGGGGGACGGCGAAGAGACGGCCCUCGCGAACCUCAUCGUCCUGCAGGGCGGCUUUUUCGGUUCGUCCGCCCUGCCUUAUGAUGCGCUGGGGAUGCCUGCUGACCCCUGUGAUAGCAGUCUGCAGGAUGAGCGCACAAAUUUUGUGGACCUCUUUGACGUCCUGGAUUGGCUCUACGGCAUCCUCUGGGACUUUGUCAACACUUGGAUACCGAUGCUUGAAGCAGGGGCCCAAGCUGUGGGAAACACUCUCCGCCUCGGGCUCCUAAUCCUUUGCGGGAGUCUACUGAUGACGUAUGUGCCAUGGCACCGCCCCUAUGCAAGUCGUAGUGGUCGACCCGCACUGCCAGUCGUCUACCAACUGGUUUUGGUUGCUGCCCUUUGGAGCAGUGCUGGUGCAGCACCUGUAUGGCAGGAGCCGCCAUACUGGGCCCCACCGUGUCCACGCCCGCGCACUGACCUGGAGCUGUGGGCCGCCGGACAGCUUUCGACGAGAGAGCAGCUUGCACGUGCUCUGUCGAGCACUACCGGAGGCCGAGUUGAAAGCGGUGGAGUAUGGCCCACUACGCACUAUGACAGAGGACCGCCUCAAGUUAGGGUCGACCCGCCAGACCCAGUUGUUGAGGAGCCGCCAGAUGAAUGGACAGAGGAACAUGAGACUGGCGAGGAGGAGGAGCUCCAGUCCCAUCACAUCUCCUUUUGGGUUUCGGCGCUUCAUGUCCGCCCACAAACCCUAGACGUCGGACUCAUGUUCCCGCUCUCGGACGAGAAGAUCCGGGACAUAGUCGAGGAGCACCUACCAGGCCUCCACCUACCGUGGCUCACGGAUAUCGUCCAAGUGAGCCCACAGCCCGACCCGGACUUUGGGAGCCUCAUCUAUGUCCCUGCUUGGGUCCAGCAGUCCGAGGUCAAGGCUGUGAUGAUCGAUGCCAGGCAGGUUGGCAAAGGCAUCUUCGUAGCUUAUGUGACCUCCCCGGUGAACCGGUACCUCCUCCUGAGUAAGGCAGAGAUCAUCUUCACCAGCACGGCAGAGAUCUUUGUCGGAGGGUCUGGGGUACCGAUGGCCCACACGAGCCAAAUCCCAGUUGACCAAGGGUGUCUGAUACAGAUACUGCCUGCGGCCCAGGCAGUCACAUGGCAUGGCGAACUGAGGGAUAGAUAUGCCCACCCGAGCCGAUGGCGGCCUGACACUGAGCACCCAGCCCUUCUACCAGGCCGCUUCAUUCAGUUCCAAUCAGAGGCCCAGGUUGAGACCUAUGGGCCCUGCCGGAGGGGAACUGGGCUACCAACGGAAGUGGCAGCUGAGCUCUUUGACAUGGACCCUGAGGACUUCUGGCUCCGAGCCCCGACGGACAACCCGGAGAGGCUGUGCACGAGAAUGCAACGCCUCCACUCCAUCAUUGCGGUGGUGCCGCACUGCGAUUAUGUCAAGGCCAGAACUCCAAUUGUGUUCAUCGACCUUCGUCCUGUGGGACUUUGGCCUCAGUGGGCGCCCACGGAAAAUGGUGUAUUCCACCCUGGGAAGUUCAUCCAGGACCUCCAGAUCCGAGUAGUCGAGGGCUUCGUGAUCACGGUCGAGGGAGGUCGCAGACAUGGGGUUGAUGGCGAGCUCAAGGUUCAGGAUGGGGAAACACUUCGUGUGCUACUGCAGUCUAGCGGAAACUCCCCUGGCCGAGAAAGACACCCCACGACGGAUGAUGAGGAGCCCAGUGAGGACCAUGAUGACAGCAGCUCAACGCGAGAUGCCUUACCUGACUCCUCGGAUCUUUCAGGGGGCUCCCCAUCUCGAGGGCCGGGCCCCUUUGGCCCGCCUCCACCGGAGCCGGUGAACCGUCCCCGGAGCAGGUCGCCUCGUCACCGGACCGAGCAGAACUUGCCCGCUGCCCGGAGGUUACAGUUAGCAGAUGUCAUACCGGUGCAGACCUUCGACUUGACCAAGCAGAGCCUCACUCUGCCCCGGGUACCAGAGAGCUGGACGACCCGGCAAGCACCAUGGCCAUUGAAUUGGUUCAGGCCAGAUCUUACCAAACUGCCACUCAAGCCGGCCACAAGGAAGGGGCUUGAGGACGCGAUCAGUUGUGAAGACCUCCUUGCGAGACCCCGGGCGAGCGGGGACCUUACAAUUUGCCUCUACACCGAUGGCUCAGCUGACCAGGGCCAGCAGAGGAGUGGAUAUGCCGUCACGAUACUCCUCCGUCUUGGUCUUGGAGCUUGUGUCGCCGUAUAUGGCCUGCUUACCGAGCAGUUGCUCGGCAAUGGGGGGUCCCUUUGGCCUACAGACGCACCAGCCGCCCUUCGUGCUGAGCAGGUUGCGAUCGUAGCGGCAAUGCUUUGGGUCCUCCAGUUUCGCGCCUUCACAAAUGAGGUCUCAUGUAAGAUCGUCUUCGACUGCAUGGCCGCCGGUUAUGCAACAGACGGUCGGUGGCAAGCGCCCGAUGAGUUUGGUGCACAGGCCCACCUUUUGGAACUUUUCCUCAGGGAGCAACCGGGCCUUUUGUUAUCCUUCGAUCACAUCAAAGGCCACAGUGGAGAUGCUUGGAACGAACUCUCGGACGUGGCAGCGAAGGAGGCGGCGAGAGGCGUAUGCCCUUACGGAGCCCCGCCAACAGAGGUCAGCCAGGAGUUCCUCUCUACUGACCUGUCCUGGCUGGCUGCGGAGACCCGAGCAGGGGUGAGCCGUGCCCUGCCCAUCUCUACUGGCCAACUUGUAUGGGACGAGUACCAAGAUGAUGGUUACCGGUUAACUGCCGAGCAGCUUGUCCCGGUGACCCCAGCCACAUCAGCCCGCCAGGGGCACUCCUACCCGGACUUCUAUGUCAAGGCGGGUACUCUCAAUGUCCAGGGCUAUGGUGGUCUAUGUCCGUACAUUGAGAGGCAGCUUGAUGAGGCGGACUUCAACAUUGUGAUGUUUCAGGAAACCAAGGCCCCGCCGGGAAUUGUACGGACCAAGCGCUACCUCAGACUCGGCACUGAGUCACUUAGCCGAUGGGGUGUAGCCAUAUGGGUGCAUAGAACAAAGGGCCUACUUCGGAUCGGCGACAGACCGUUGCUGGUGGACGAGCACGACAUCACUGUUGUCAUCGAAAACACCAGGCUGCUCAUUCUUCAUGUACGAGCUGCAGGGGUCAGUGUGUUCCUGGUUUCAGCCCAUUGCCCCUAUGAGGCCAAGAAUGGUGAAUGGACUGAGUACCUCGGCGAGCUCGAAAAGAGCCUCCGAUGCAUCAAAGGUGCGGACUUAGUCCUUCUGGGAGUGGACCUCAACGGCAGAAUCCCUUGUGGUGUUGCAGGUACCACGGGGGACCGCACAGUGGGACCACCUGAUGCCAUUGGUCGUCGCUUCGUCCAGAUCCUUGCGAAGUAUCGCCUCUGGGCGCCGGCCACCUUCAGUCAUUUGCAUCAAGGGGAAGAUCAUACCUUUGUCCACCACACGGGCAGCCAGCACAGGAUCGACUAUCUCAUCAUUGGGGGUGGUGCAGCAUGCCUUCGUGCUGAAAGCUUUGUGUGUGAGGAGUUCGACACAGGGGCCCCGAGAGAGGACCACAGGCUCGCCGGGGUUUCCAUACAUGGCGCCUGUCGAGCUUUCAAGCCCCGAGCGGCCCUCUACCGGCCAACCUUUGAUAGGGGCAAGAUCAUGUCUGCUGAGGGCAAGAGGAUCCUGGAACAGGCAUGCGAAGAGUUUGUGCAGCCGGAUUGGUCCAUGUCGCCUGAUCAGCAUUACCAGGUGAUUCAACAGAUGUUGCAAGACACCCUGCAGCAGCAUUUCCUCCUUGACCGGGCCUCCGCCCGGGCAACUUUCAUGCCGGCAGAGGUUUGGCAGCUGCGGGAAGCUAGGCAGCGACUGAAGCGGCUUACUCGGGGCCGAAUCACCCUAUGGGAUGACCUGGUGGCCUGGGCUUUCCGGCAGCUUCAUGAUGGCAAGGAUCGGGGAAUGACAAACCUCGUCGCCAAACAAGGCCUGCUCUACCAGCUGUCUGCGGCGGCUAUCCGAUUUGCUUCGACGCGGAUCAAGAGAGGCUUGGCCAAGGCGAGGCAAAAUUUUUUGCGAACGGUGCUUUUGGAGGGACACCAGGGUUCGUCGCAAGUCCUGCGGCGAACUAAGAAGGCUGGCUUGGGCGGAAAAGCUACCCAAAAUCGCUGCCGACCUCUCCCGGCACUGCUAAGCCCGGCCACUGGGGCUCCUAUUGGAGACCGUGCAGGCCAUGACCAGGUGUGGCUGGAGCACUUUGGAGCACAAGAGCAGGGAACAGUGCUCCCCACCAGCACUUUCAUUGAGGAGGCUGCCCAGCCGAUCCCUUGUGAUGAAGUGGAGUGGAGCCUAUCAUACCUGCCAAGCCAGGCGGAGGUCCAGAGCCUUCUUCGAGCGGUACCCCGUGGAAAGGCGGCCGGUUUGGACAAUGUGCCGGGCGAAGUCCUGGCAUCGGCCCAUGCCGGUUUGGCCCCUAUCCUGCAUACCCUGUACACCAAGGCCAUGGUUCUCUCAAAGCAACCAACGCAGUGGCGUGGAGGCAUCUUGUUUGAGGCAUACAAGAACGCUGGCCCGGCAAGCGAUGUGGAAAACUUUCGAAGUCUGUUUGUGAGCAGUACUGUUGGGAAGUGUUACCACAAGCUCGUUAAGAGCAAAGUGCAGGAUCGAACACAGUGCUCACUACAUCCGCUUCACUGCGGACCCCGCCAGCGAGCCCCAGUCCUGUUCCCUGAGCUCUACAUCCUCUCGCAUGUGCGCAGGUGCUGCCGGCAAGGUCUGAAUUACGCCAUACUGUACCUCGACACCAAGAGCGCCUACUACAGCAUAGCGAGGGAGUUGGUCACCGGUGACAUUAGGAGAGAUUCCACUGUCAUCGAGAUUUUUCGUCGGUUCCAUUUGGGGCCAGCGGAGCUGCAAGAGCUCAUGCAGUUGGUUACCUCUGGUGGAGCCAUGGCGGCAGCUGACGUCCCGCCAGCCCUCCGACAGACGAUCCGGGACUUGCACCACGCCACGUGGUUUACCACGAGGUAUGCAGAUGGGACUCAAGUCUGUCAGACCCUAAAAGGGUCUCGCCCUGGUGAGAGCUUUGCGGACACAGUAUUCGCUUUCAUCUACAGCAAAAUCCUGUGCUCGAUCUACGAAGCGGCCACGGCGGAGGACCUUGCGUUCACCUUGCCCUUCGACCCGGAGACGGGACCCUUUGGCACCGGAGAGGGCUCUAGCGACCAACCCUCUUGGGACGCCACCUGGGCAGAUGAUAGUGCCUUCCCUACUGCAGCCCGGGAUGGUGAUGAGCUGCUCAGGAAGACGUGCCGUCUUGCGGCAGUUGUGCUGGGCACGUGCCAGGCAGAUGGAUUGAUCCCGAACAUGAAGGCUGGAAAAACAAGCCUGAUGAUUGGGCUCAGAGGUAAGGGAUCCUUGCGAGUGAAGCGCCGGUAUUUCAGUGGCGGGUCCCCGGUGCUGAAGAUUGAUGAACUCGGGGAGGAGGUCCAUGUUGUUCCUCACUACAAGCACCUGGGUGGCUACCUGGACACGAAGAACUCCAUGAUGAUGGAAGCCAGGCACAGAAUAGCACUCGCCACCCAGGCCUACGACUCUGCGGGAAAGCUCUUGUUGAAUCGCCGAGACUUGGACAUGCCAGUUCGGAUGGGCAUCUUCAACUCCGUUGUCACGGCAUCGCUUUUCAACAUUGCCCUGUGGAUUGAGGGUGGCAAAGCAUGGUGUGCUCUGGACAGUGCAUACUCGAGACUGGUCCGCAGACUCCUGUGUACCACCAUCCGUGGGGAGCGUUUGUUCCGUGUACCCACACCUCUGGCCCAUGCAGCCUCGGGAUGCUGGAAGCUGGCCCUGGUUGCCCGUAGGGCGAGGUUGAGUCUGUUGGCAUCCCUGGCAGCGAGUGGGCCCGACCUUCUCUGGGCUGCGCUACAAACCGAAGGUGGUUGGCUGCGACAAGUCUGCGAAGACCUACGUUGGUUUGUGGAAGGUGACAGCGAUGGCUGGCCACUUGUGCAUGGUGCAGCCUGGCCACAGUGGAGAACCAUCUUGAGGGAGCGUCCUGGAUGUUUCAAGCGUAGGGUGAACCGGAAGCUCAAGGCAGCACAUGUGGCCACAUGCGACCAGGAUCUGGUGAUGGUGUGCCACUGGGCCAUGUACCGGGCCCUCCAGAGCGAUGACUCCGCGACCACUACUACCAGCGUGUGGAAGUGUUGGGCCUGUGAUGUUAUUUUCAGUAGCAAGGCGAAGCUCGGAGUCCACCUGUUCAAGACCCACCAGAGGAUUGCCGAGUACCGACAUUUUCAGAAUGGAACGUGCUGCGAAGCAUGUGGCAAACAAUUCUGGUCAGGAGGCCGUUUGGCGGCUCAUUUGAGAGCCUCCGUGUCGUGUGUCCGAACACUCCGACGAAGAAGGAGAGUUGUGGAGGCCGUCCAGCCAGGCUUUGGUAGCCGUGCUAGGCGAAAGGACGAUGCUGCGAGCUACACGAUGUCGGCGCCUGAAAGCCAACGCCCCCCUCUGGAAUGCACCGAAGAGGAAAGGUGGUUUGGGCCCCAGAAGCAGCUGUACGAGACGGUCUGUGAGGCUGCCUUUGAGGUCUCCGAUGGUGCGACCUUCAAGGGGAAGAUCCUCGAAGCGGUCAAGCAGUUUCCCGUGUACCCGGCCGAGAUCAGCGAGGUCUUUGAUGCCGUUACUGCGGAGAUUGCUGAGCUCAACAGAGACCCGGAUGAUCGACCGUGGGCCCCAGCUCUCGCGGAGGCCAUGCAGUCUGCAUGUCGUGAGAUGAUCGCCGAAACCCAAAGUGAGACUACCACAGCUGCAGGUCGCGAAGCUGGUAGCGGCUACGACGAGUUUCGGCUGCAGUACAACACGAUUGACUGGAGCGAACAAAUUGGGCGACGGCAUUCCCUACACGGGACCCGGGCACGCUCCUUGUUCAUCCUGACUGACCUCUGGGAAGCUGAGUGGAGGAAAGUUAGGGAGGAGCUUGCGUACUCAGCCGUGUUGGACGAGCCAAUCGAGCUGCUUCCAAAGCCUCUUAAGGAUGCCUGGCUGACGGUUUUGGAAGGCGGCGAAGUCGCCAUUAGAGCGCCGAAAGCGUUCUGGGGCCACCCUCUGGCCGGGCCUUUUCGCCCAAUGAGGGCAGAAGUGCAACCAAAUUAG